AAAAUCAAAACCUUUCGAGUUUGAUGAGGCCUACAUAAACAACUUAUACGGCCGAUUUCUGCAAAGAACGCCCAAAUUUCAAUGUUCAUGAACAAGGAGAAUACAGAACUUUCUCUCGUCUUAGAGACUGCUCUGGAUCUUUACUGUUUAAAGGGUCAAAAUUGGUGAAUACUUCCAAUCGGCGAAGAUACAUGUCAUGGCGGAAAUGGCAUUCUCUACACCAGCUGAAAAAGAUACCUCACCUGCUGCUGUCAUUUUCCCUACUGUACCUGAACCAGGUUUAGGAAUGAUUCCUACCCAUGCAUCUUCAGCCCAGAUGUUGACUCCAGCUACAUGUAUUCAUGGGAAUGACUGUGCUACUACAACUUCAUCACUACCUCGAAUUGUUGUUCCUCGAAGAGUAACCGAAACUCUUGUUUCCUCACCAAAAGGUGUUUCAGCUACUACUGUAACACUAGGUCAUUCCAAUGCUGCCACAAAAAAUUCAAAUUUAUCGCUUCAGUCCACCUCAACAUCAGACACAGUCACAAGUGAGUCAAGUAUUUCAUCACUGGUAAAUCCAGUUAGUUCUGUCGUGUCCACUACAACCUUGGAAGUCUCAGAAAGUUUUGCACCAGGAAUCCCAAUCAUGGAUGACACAACAGCCACCCUAACCAACCUCCAAACAGUGGCAAAUUCUUCACACAGUGAUUCACCAUCUGUUUGUAACAGUACAACCAGUCUUCCUGAUAUUCCAACCAUUUUUUCAGAUUUCACACCAUGCACCAAAUGUAAUUCCAUUCUUGUGUGUUCGUGCCCUGGGCCUUCCAGUGUUGGAGGGGGUAAUAACAGUGCUCUCACAACAUGUCAAGCUUCCUGUACAGGUCUUUUUACUUGUGAAGGAAUGGAAGUUGAUGGAAAAGAGGAUUUCAAACCAUUUGAACAAGAUGUGAAGCCUCCAAUGUCUCCCACUCCUGUGCCACUGAAUCGCUUGGAUCAACUCUUUGAUGGUUUAAUAGAAUAUGACAAGAUAACCAAAGCAGAACAGCCUGAGGUGAUUACUACAAGACUGUUCCCAUACCAGCUACAAGCUCUAAAUUGGAUGAUAACAAGAGAAAACAACACUGAUCUGGCACCAUUCUGGAACAAAGUUAACAAGAGCACAUGGUUUAACAAGGGAACCAACAUGUCCACUGAUAGGAAGCCACACUCUCCCAAGGGUGGCAUAUUGGCAGAUGAUAUGGGUCUGGGUAAAACUCUUGUUGUUAUUAGCUUGAUUAUGGCCAAUCAUCUUCACGGCAAGCCGAUGUUCUCAAGGUCAAUCAACAAGCGAAAGAUGUCAAAUUCAGACCAAGAUGGAGAAUGCAAACAUGAACCUAAAGAGAAGAUGCCUCACAGGGGAAGCAGUGAUGAAGAUGAUCCAAAGGAUAUUAAAGAAGAAGUUAAAGUGAUAAGCAUAAAGAAGCGGAAGCAUGUUACACCUAAAAAGAAGAGGUUGGCUGACAGUAAGAUGUUAAAAGAGCCUGGCUUUAAAUUCAGGCAAAUGUAUCUUUCCCAAUUAAGCAGCAAAUCAACAAAGAAGGAAAAAGACAAAAACAAAGUAAAGAAGGAACUGCCACAACUUGUCAGUAUUGACAAUGAUUUCAACACUGAUGUGGCAGCUGAUUUAUGGCUGUCUACAGGCAAUGACAGUAUAAACAGAAGUGACAGAGGCAAGGAAAACUCCCCAUCAGAGGAUGAGCAUAGUGCCACACUGAUUGUGUGUCCAUUAUCUGUGCUCAGUAACUGGACAGAUCAGAUAUGCAGCCAUGUCCAUGGAGAUGUCAGCUUGCAAGUGUACAUGUAUUAUGGUGCAGAGCGUUUGAGAGAUGUGAAUUUCCUCAGACAGCAAGAUGUUGUGUUAACAACAUAUCCAACACUGACAAAUGACUACUCACGGCUCGACUCUCCACUUCAUAAGAUCAAGUGGCUUCGGGUCAUUUUAGAUGAGGGUCACACCAUACGAAAUCCUCAGACUCGUCUGACUAAAGCAAUGAUUGACCUGGUGGCAAUGCGCCGAUGGGUUCUCACAGGAACCCCAAUACAGAACAGGUUGGAUGACCUGUGGUCUGUGGUCAAAUUUCUACGGCUGGAGCCAUUCGAUGAUAAAAAAUGGUGGAAUGCUGCCUUGGCAUCCAGUGUGAGGAGAGGAGAUGAACUGGCAGUCAAUCGCUUACAGAAACUCCUCAAACACAUCUCAAUCAGAAGGCUGAAAACAGAUCAAGAUGAGGGAAGACCGCUGGUCAAACUGCCUCCCCGAACUGUGGUAAUUCAAGAAGUGGAACUGUCCGAAGAAGAACGAAAAUUAUAUGACUCUAUGCAGAAACACGGACAACUGAUCAUCAAAAAAUAUCUUCAGAAUGGGACAGUCCUCGCCAAGUAUGCGCACUGCUUUGCAAUUCUUAUGCGUCUUCGCCAACUUUGUUUGCAUCCUAAGCUCUGUGAGGAAGAAUGUCAUUCGCUGCAGCGUGCUCAGGAUCUAUUGCAAGGACUUGAAGACUCUGAUGAUGAUGACCUUGACAUGGAUUACAACAACCAACGGCUUAUCAAAGAUCUACUCGCGACGCUGUCUUCGGGAAGUGACGAAGAAUGUUCGGUUUGCCUCGAAUCCCUGGUCGAACCAGUCAUCACGCGCUGUGCGCAUGCCUUUUGUCAGCAGUGCAUCAUGGAUGUGAUGACGUCGGAGAAUCUUGCUCCGCGCUGUCCUCUGUGUCGUGCGCCCCUAAAUGUGAACGAACUGAUUAAAGUUUCCGAGAAAAAGAAACAAAAGUUACCGUCUGCAAAGAAGACUAGCGAGGAUUCAGAUAGCAAAAAUAAAAGUUCCAAGCUGGAUGCCUUGAUGGGAGCGUUAUGCGCCAUCCGAGAUAAGGAUCCCUUCACAAAGAGUCUUGUAGUUUCUCAGUUUACUUCAUUUUUGGAUCUAAUCGAAGAGGCGCUUCACAAAGAAGACUUCAAUUUUGUUAGGUUGGACGGGAGAAUGAUGCAGGAGACUCGGGCCCGAGCCAUCGAGAGCUUUGCCAAAACUUGUUCCAGUUCACCAACAGUGUUUCUGUUGUCACUGACAGCUGGUGGCGUGGGUUUGAAUCUGACGGCUGCCACACGAGUUUUUCUUAUGGAUCCGGCUUGGAAUCCGGCCAUUGAGGAACAGUGUUUUGAUCGUAGCCACCGACUGGGUCAAACACAAGAAGUUAUUAUUACAAAGUACAUUGUGAUGAAUUCUGUGGAAGAGCGCAUGCUCACAUUGCAAGAAGGGAAGCGAACGCUGAUGGGCCAGGCCUUCGGUGUACAGAGACAGAGCCAGGAAGAGAGGAGGCGGGCUCGAGUCAGAGAUAUCAAGCAUCUGAUUGGUCUGUAACGAGUGAAAUACGGACAAUAAGACACCAAGAUAUCAGACUUAUACUGUCUGGAAGACUUUUGGAACUUCCAAAAAUGGCUGAAUCUCCUAGAGCAGUUGCCUUUGACUCGUUUUUCAUUUUCUGGUUCUUUCGUUUAAUAAGCAUUGAAGAGACAAGUUUUAGCCGUUUGGAGUAUCCGCUGACCGCUAAGGCUCUCAUUCCGAGCCUGACGAUUGUGCGAAGGAAACGAAACGAAUCGUUGUUUGUUUCUACAGGUGACUUGUUUGCCUGUUUUGUCAACGUCCUCUGAUGUCCUUUUUUUUUUUUUAAUAAGUGUUGUUAAAUUUAACUUAAAGGUUUAUAUCUUAAAUGAUAAAUAUCCAUUAGAAAUUAAUAUAGAUAUUUUUAUUGGAAGAUGUAUAUUUAUGAUAGUUAGAUCUGGUUUUAAUGAAGCCAUCCGAGUCACUAAAAAGGUAUUAAACAACUUUUGAAUUGUU